GGCCGCGGAGCUGGCCCUGCGGGGCCCCUGGGGGGAGGGGGAGCCGUCAAGCCCCCGCUGAGGCCGCCGCUACCGGGCCUCCCCUCCCCCCGGGGCGGGCGCCAUGCGGGGGGGCCCGGGCGAUGCGGAGCGGCGUCAGCGCUGGGGUCGCCUCUUCGAGGAGCUGGACAGUAACAAGGAUGGUCGCCUGGACGUCCACGAGUUGCGCCAGGGACUGGCCCGGCUGGGCGGGGGCAGCCCGGACCGCGGAGCACAACAGGGCAUCUCCCCUGAGGGUGAUGCUGACUCAGAUGGCAGCCUUGACCUGGAGGAGUUUAUCCUCUAUCUGCAGGAGCGGGAACAGCGCCUGCUACUUCUGUUCCACAGUCUGGACCGGAAUCAGGAUGGUCACAUUGACGUCUCUGAGAUCCAGCAGAGUUUCCAAGCUCUGGGCAUUUCCAUCUCGCUGGAGCAGGCAGAGAAAAUCCUGCAUAGCAUGGACCGUGAUGACACCAUGACCAUUGACUGGCAGGAGUGGCGUGACCACUUCCUGUUGCACUCGCUGGAGAAUGUGGAAGAUGUGCUGUAUUUCUGGAAGCAUUCCACGGUCCUGGACAUUGGCGAGUGCCUGACUGUCCCGGAUGAGUUCUCGGAGCAGGAGAAGCUGACUGGCACGUGGUGGAAACAGCUGGUGGCGGGUGCGAUGGCGGGUGCCGUGUCCCGGACGGGCACAGCCCCCCUGGACCGCCUCAAGGUCUUCAUGCAGGUCCACGCCUCCAAGACCAACCGGCUGAACAUCCUGGGAGGCCUACGGAGCAUGAUCCAAGAGGGGGGCGUGCGCUCCCUGUGGCGUGGCAACGGGAUUAACGUGCUCAAGAUUGCACCUGAGUCGGCAAUCAAGUUCAUGGCCUAUGAGCAGAUCAAGCGGGCCAUCUGGGGGCAGCAGGAGACACUGCAUGUGCAGGAGCGCUUUGUGGCUGGCUCCCUGGCUGGUGCCACAGCCCAAACCAUCAUUUACCCCAUGGAGGUACUGAAGACACGGCUGACCCUUCGCCUGACGGGCCAGUAUAAGGGGCUGCUGGACUGUGCGUGGCGGAUCCUGGAGCGAGAAGGGCCCCAAGCCUUCUACCGCGGCUACCUGCCCAACGUGCUGGGCAUCAUCCCCUACGCGGGCAUCGACCUGGCCGUCUACGAGACCCUGAAGAACCGGUGGCUCCAGCAGUACAGCCACGACUCGGCCGACCCGGGCAUCCUCGUGCUCCUGGCCUGCGGCACCAUUUCCAGCACGUGUGGCCAGAUAGCCAGUUACCCCCUGGCCCUGGUCCGGACCCGCAUGCAGGCCCAAGCCUCCAUCGAGGGAGCCCCCCAGUUGUCCAUGCUGGGUCUGCUCCGUCACAUCCUGUCCCAGGAGGGUGUGCGGGGCCUCUACCGGGGCAUUGCCCCCAACUUCAUGAAGGUUAUCCCAGCCGUGAGCAUCUCCUACGUGGUCUACGAGAACAUGAAGCAGGCCCUGGGGGUCACGUCCAGGUGAGGGACCCAGAGCCCACCCCUCCCCCAGAUCCCUCACCUCCAUCGUGACAUCCCCCACACCUCGGCCACUGGAGACCGAGGGCCCAGCCAGUGGAUCCC